AUGCAUGUUAAUAUGACAUGAUAAAGGUGGACUAUUAUUAACCAAGUGAGUUGACUGGCAGCUGGCACGCGGAUAGGUUGGGUGGCACUGUGGCACACACCUCUCUGCCCCACACGUGCGCCCCAUAGCGGCUUCAAGCUCUUACAUCAUUUCUCUAGCUAGAGAAUUAAUCUUUGAAUAGCUUAGGAUAUACAUUAAGACACUUUAAGCCAGAAUGAGUUGUCAACGAGGAAAUACUUCCCGCACCCGUAAGCAGAAGCACAGUAACAUCACUGCCUUCAAGAACAACAUCCACGACAGCAGCAAGCAAACUCUUGCAAUGAACAACAUGGAGAUUACCGAGGUUUGCAAGCGGUGUCAGGAAGUGAUUGCCUGGAAAGUGAAAUACAAGAAAUACAAGCCUCUGUCACAACCCAAAACCUGCACUAGAUGUCACCAGAAGAACAUUAAAGAUGCUUAUCACACUGUCUGCAAUUCUUGUGCUAAGGAGUUACAAGUCUGCUGCAAGUGUGGGAAGAAGGAAGAUAUUAUUGCACAUAAACCUCCAUCAAAAACAGAACACCUCCAGACUAUGGCAGAACUAGAGGCAGAAGUGAAGUGUCUCUCAGAACGCAAACGACGGGCAUAUUAUAGGUACUUGGAGAAGUUGGAGGGUAAGACCAAGCGUCGGAAGAAGCCUAACAAGAGUUCUGAGGUGGAGAGUGUCACCAGUGAACAUGAGAAUGAGGAGGAUGAAGUUGCUGUCUCUAUGGACGAGUACUUCAAGAAUGCUCGACAAAAACUGGAAGAACUCAUGAAGGAAAUGGAAGAUGAUGAAUUUUAUGAAGAUUUACAGGACCUAAAUUUGAAUAGUGAGGAUGAGUCAUAUGAUGAAGAGGAAGAAGACAGUGAUGAGAAGGAAGACAGCUGAAAGCAAGCUGCAUCCAUCUCAUAACAGACUUAUGAUCGAUCUUUUUUGCAUACCACUCCAGGGUCUCACCAUUUGCAAUGAAUUUAACACUUAAUUACUAUUUUUGUCUUGUUAUGACUCAGUGGUUCCCAAACUUUUCCUGGGUGAGUACCACUUGGAGAUCCCUUACAGUCCUUGUGUACCACCUGGUUCCUGAAAACUCAAAUAUCAAUUUAUUCAGAAACAGAACUUACAAAUGAAACAAUUCAAUGUAAUGUGAGGGAUACGUCUGUUUCUUCCUCUCCAGCUGAUCGAUGCUAGAUUAUCUUGUGUAAGGCAAUGAUAAUUUUUCUGAAAAAUGAAUUGAUUUAAUCUAACUUAAAAUUGCAUAUGAUCUAAAAGUGCUCACGUACCACCACCUGGUAGGCCUUCGCAUACCGCAGUUUGAGAACCAUUGUGUUAAGUGAAGGACAUAUGAGGCAUCUAGAACACAAUGGAUGAACUUGCCACAUGUGCCACAGUAAAGUUAUCAUUGCAAGCUCAAAGGGCAAACACUCACCAAUGGAUCUACUUCUUAUGGUACAUUAUAGAAAAAGGAACUAUAAUGGUUUCAAACAGAGGGUUGAAUGUGAUGUAUUUUUUUUUUUUUUUUUUUUUUUUUACAUCACCUGUGGGAUGAAAAGCAAAAAAGGCAACUACCUAUAAACUCUUGAGUCAGCAUGUGAGUGCUUGAGCUGGGAAACACAUGCCUCUCUCAGCCAAUCAGGGCAUGGUUUAUGACAUGCAUCUCAUUUUAUCCUUUUUUAAUGGGCUCUAUUUUAAGUGGGAUCUUCAGGAUUCUAGUUCAACAAGAACUUGCAUUGUCAAUUGGUAAAAACUGCUCAUGGAAUUCCAAAUUAUACCCAUGGCUUUUAAGAACAAUUUUUAUCAGAUACUGAAAUAAUUAAAGGUGCAAUAAUGGUUGUUUUGAUUGCUUCAAUGCUUCUUUUACAAUACAACCAUUGUAUUAUGAAUUGAUUCAGGAUUAAACUGAAUUGUAAUUGACAAAUGACAGUAUAAUUUAACCAUAAAUUAAGAGAUAAAUUUGAAAAAAAAGGAUUUUAUUUUCAUGUAAUAUUGUCUUCCUUCCCACUGAUACAAUGCAGGUUGAUAGGUGUAGACUAAUCAUGAGACCUGCAAUGUGUAAGUAUUAUUUUCUAUUUCUUAUUUUCUGAAAGAGGACCACUUCCCAAGAGACAAAAAAAAGGAAAAAUAAAAAAAAGUGGCUAACGAGUUGCCAAUCCCAAGAGAUAUCUUGAAAAUCAUUGAAAAUAGAAGAAUUAGUGUCUUGAAACCUCAUUAUAAAUGUAUGUAAAUUACUAAUAAAAGGAGUUGGGGUACAGGGGCGUUCCUAGAGUAUUUGGCACCCGGGGCAGAUCAUUCCUUUGCACCCCCUCCCAAAGGUGGAUGUUGGGGAAAGGGGGCUGCCGAGCGAAGCGAGUCAAAACAGCUGGGGUUGUGGUUUCCUAGUUCGUGCCGAGACACCCUUUUGUUCGGCAACACGAAGCAUCAAGUUGCGCUUCGUCUCGUCAACAUAUCGUCGCUUGCACGACGAACAAACAUAUUCAUACACAACACUAGAUAUUAGGAAUGAAGGAAUUGAAACUUUGUAAGGAAAGAAGGAUUUCAGAGUAUAAGAUUUGCAGAAAAUAAAGUUAAACUUUCUUUCCGGA